AUGGCUACUUCACUUCCUCUGAGAAAGCCGUCGCGGCAGCUGUCCACCGAUCCUCGCAAUGAGCUUCAUCCGCACGUUGACCACUACAUCGGCAUCGAUGUGGGCACAGGCAGCGCCAGAGCCUGUAUCAUGAAUGAUCAGGGUGACAUUGUAGGACUGGCAUCGGAGAACAUUGGCCUGUGGCAGCCACAGACUGGUUACUAUGAACAAUCGACAACAGACAUCUGGCACUGCAUCUGCUCCUCGGUCCGCCGGGCAAUCGACCAGCACGGCAUUGACCGCAGCACCGUCCGCGGCAUUGGCUUCGACGCUACCUGCUCUCUCGCCGUCUUCUCCCACGACACGGAUGAGCCUGUCUGCGUGACCGGACCCAACUUCGAAAACAAGGACGGCAACGAUCGCAACGUUAUUCUAUGGCUCGAUCACCGUCCGGUGGAGGAGACCAACAAGAUUAAUGCGACCAACCACAACCUCCUUCGAUACGUCGGAGGCAAGAUGUCCAUUGAGAUGGAAAUUCCGAAAGUGCUGUGGCUCAAGAACAAUAUGCCGAAGGAGCUCUUCGACCGCUGCAAGUUCUACGACUUGACCGAUGCGCUUACUCACAUUGCGACUGGAAGCGAGACGCGCAGCUUCUGCAGCGUGGUGUGCAAACAAGGCUUCGUCCCGGUCGGUGUAGACGGCAGUGUCAAAGGCUGGCAAGAGGAUUUCCUCAAGGAUAUUGGUCUCGAGGACCUAUGCGAAGAUAACUUCAAGCGCAUGGGCGGUGUCGAUAAUGUGAACGGACGUUACCUUACGGCCGGCGAGCUGGUCGGUACACUGAGCGAGAAGGCAGCAUCGGACAUGGGACUUCAGCCGGGAAUUGCAGUAGGUAGCGGCGUCAUCGAUGCCUACGCAGGCUGGAUUGGCACAGUUGGUGCGAAGGUUAAGCUGGACGAGGACACACUCGACUCGAGCCACCCGAAGAACGACGUCUCGCAAGCUUUCACGCGUCUUGCAGCCGUAGCCGGAACAUCGACCUGCCACCUCGCCAUGUCCCGUGAGCCUGUCUUCGUAAACGGCGUCUGGGGUCCAUACCGCGACGUUCUGCUUCCAGGAUACUGGAUGGCCGAAGGUGGGCAAUCCGCCACAGGUGAACUCCUCAAGCACGUUAUUGAGACACAUCCCGCCUUCCAAGAAGCUGCGACGGUAGCCGAGACCUUCAACACCAACAUCUAUGACUACCUAAACGAGCAUCUUCGCGAGAUGGCCGAGAAAGAGAGUGCACCGCACAUUUCCUGGCUAGGUCGCCACUUCUUCUUCUACGGCGACCUGUUUGGAAACCGGUCCCCCGUCGCAGACCCUAAUAUGAAGGGCUCUGUUAUCGGUCUGAGUUCCGAUAAGAGCUUGGAUGGACUGGCGCUGUACUACUACGCCACUAUGGAGUUCAUUGCGCUCCAAACGCACCAGAUCGUCUCUGCGAUGAACAAGUCGGGUCACGUCAUCUCUUCGAUCUUCAUGUCUGGCUCUCAGUGCCAGAACGAUAUUCUCAUGCAGCUUAUCGCUGCUGCAUGCGACGUGCCUGUUCUCAUCCCGCGGUACGUGCACGCAGCAGUGGUUCAUGGUGCGGCCAUGCUGGGAGCGAAAGCCGCGAGCACAGACAAAGAAGGCAACAGCGAGCCGCUGUGGGAUAUCAUGGACAGGCUCAGCAAAGCCGGGAAGAUGGUGAAGCCGACGGCAGACAAGACGUUGAAGAAGCUGUUGGAGGCGAAGUACAAAGUCUUUCUGGAGCAGUGCGAGAGCCAACAGAAGUACAGGGCUGAUGUCGAUGAGGCUAUCGAAGGGUGGUCGAAGGCUAAGUGA